GAAUAACACACUCUACAUUGCUUCACUGAGAUAUAUGAUCUAAGACUGUUGUCUUUGAUUAAAUACUAUAAGAAACACUAAGCAUCUUAUACUUUGCUCAGAUAGAAAAAAAGGAAGAAUGCCUUUCAAUACAGCUCUCACCAGAACACUGGGGAUUGAAAUCCCCGUGGUGCAAGGAGGGAUGCACUGGGUAGGGUACGCCGAACUGGCCGCUGCUGUGAGUAACGCAGGAGGGCUCGGCCUAGUUACUGCUCUGACUCAGCCGACGCCGGAUGAUCUCCGCAAGGAGAUCCGGAAAUGUCGGUCAAUGACGAACAAACCAUUCGGUGUGAACAUCACUCUCCUCCCCUCACUUAUGCCACCAGACUACGGCGCCUACGUCCAGGCCAUCAUUGACGAAGGGGUCAAAGUCGUCGAGACGGCAGGCAAUAACCCCGGGACGGUUAUCAAACCCCUCAAGGAGGCUAAUAUCAUCGUCAUACACAAAUGUACGACUAUUCGCCAUGCCAAAUCUGCCGUAAAGCUGGGCGCAGACUUUUUGUCUAUUGAUGGGUUUGAAUGCGGUGGUCAUGUCGGAGAGGACGACCUCACUAAUUUGAUCCUCUUAAACCGGGCAAGACAGGUGCUGAGUGUCCCGUUUAUCGCUUCCGGAGGCUUCGCAGACGGGCAUGGUCUAGCUGCUGCGUUGGCGCUAGGAGCGGAGGGUAUCAAUAUGGGGACACGGUUUAUGUGUACAGUGGAGGCACCUAUUCAUAUCAAGGUGAAAGAGGCAAUAGUGGCAGCUCAGGAAACGGAUACAGCAUUGGUGAUGAGGCGAUGGAAGAACACGACUCGGUUAUAUGGGAACAAAGUGGCAAAGGAGGCUCUGAAAGUGGAAACAGAGAGUAAGAACGGGAAGUUUGAGGAAAUUGCGCCGUUUGUGAAUGGCAAGCGGGGACAGCAAGUGUUCUUGAAUGGGGAUGUGGAUUCCGGCGUUUGGACUGCCGGUCAGGUUAUUGGACUGAUUCAUGACAUCCCUACGUGCGCUGAUCUGUUGGAACGAAUCGAGCAGGAGGCUUUACAUUCCAUGAAGCGGACAAGAUCGUUGUGGACGAAUGAAGGAAAUCAAAGCAGACUUUAGAGUCCUUCUUUCGUGCCUGAUAGCCUCUUAGGUAUUCUUGCAAUUACAAACAGGUUUGCUGCAGCUAAAGCAUGAUGGAGUACCCCUGGUCAAUACGGCCAAUAUAUGAUACUUUAAUUUUGAAUACCAUAUAAAGGUUCCUGCUAUUCCAUGGAUAACCUCAAUUUGAC